UUAAUAGAAAUUUCAUCAUACACUACGUUCACAGUGUUUGCAUUUCUGAGUUAGCGAUGCUUGUACGUGUAUGCGUGUGUAUGUGUAUAUGUUUGAAGCAAACACUAACUCAUUCACUCACUCGCACACUCGUCUGUGUGUGUAUGUGUAAGGAAUACAAUCGCUGAGCUGUUUGAACCAGUAGCUUUUCGAAGGGAAUAUCGUUCAGACUAUUCUCGGCGCCGAAUUGUGUUCUGUGUGUGUCGACCGUGUCGAGUAUGUGUUCAUGAAGUGCAAUAAAAACAUUGAAAAAAAAAGUUAAAUUUGAAUUUGAAAAAUCGCACGCACAAAAAUCAGGAAUAUUUUGAUAUUCUUCUAGAUUUUUGGAAGAAAUAAUUGCGAAUUUGAAACGAGUUAAAAUAAAAAUCAGUAAUCACGAGUUCUAAACGUAGACAAAAAUCGAAAGAAAUGACUUGGGGUUUCGUAACUUGUGGUCCAAACGAGGCGCUCGUCGUUUCGGGAUGUUGCUACAUGAAACCAUUGUUGGUUCCCGGCGGUCGUGCAUUUGUGUGGCCAUCAGUUCAACGGGUCCAACGAAUUUCCUUGAACACGAUGACACUGCAAGUGGAGAGUCCGUGUGUGUAUACCAGCCAAGGUGUACCGAUCUCGGUCACUGGCAUUGCACAAGUAAAAAUUCAAGGUCAGAACGAGGAUAUGCUGUUGACCGCAUGCGAACAAUUUUUGGGUAAAGGCGAAAGCGAAAUCCAGCACAUUGCCUUGGUCACGCUGGAAGGUCAUCAACGCGCCAUCAUGGGUUCAAUGACAGUGGAAGAAAUCUAUAAGGAUCGCAAAAAAUUCAGCAAACAAGUGUUCGAAGUGGCAUCUUCCGAUUUGGUGAAUAUGGGCAUCACUGUUGUGUCAUAUACACUCAAAGAUAUCCGAGACGAAGAGGGAUAUCUUAAGAGUUUGGGUAUGGCACGAACAGCUGAAGUGAAACGAGACGCUCGUAUUGGUGAGGCUGAAGCUCGAUGCGAUGCACAAAUCAAGGAAGCCAUUGCUGAGGAACAGCGUAUGGCCGCUCGUUUCUUAAACGACACCGAAAUCGCAAAAGCACAACGAGAUUUCGAAUUGAAGAAAGCCGCUUAUGAUGUUGAGGUCCAAACGAAAAAAGCCGAAGCCGAGAUGGCAUACGAAUUGCAAGCGGCUAAAACUAAGCAACGCAUCAAGGAGGAACAAAUGCAAAUUAAAGUGGUUGAACGCACCCAAGAGAUUGCCGUUCAAGACCAAGAAAUGGUUCGACGUGAACGCGAACUUGAAGCAACUGUACACCGUCCAGCUGCUGCCGAAAAGUAUCGCUUGGAGAAAAUCGCCGAGGCCAAUCGUAAUCGUGUCAUCUUGGAGGCUGAAGCCGAAGCUGAAUCGAUUCGAAUUCGCGGAGAGGCCGAAGCAUUCGCUAUUUCAGCCAAGGCUAAAGCCGAGGCCGAACAAAUGGCCAAGAAAGCCGAAGCAUGGAGAGAAUAUCGUGAAGCUGCUAUGGUUGACAUGCUUCUGGAUACUUUACCAAAGGUCGCGGCCGAAGUUGCUGCUCCAUUGUCACAGGCCAAGAAAAUUACAAUGGUAUCGAGUGGUACCGGUGAAGUUGGUGCCGCCAAAUUGACCGGCGAAGUACUCCAAAUCGUCAAUAAAGUUCCCGAAUUGGUUAAAUCGAUUACAGGCGUCGAUAUCUCUCGGGUAGGUGCCAAUUCGAAAUACAUUUAAGCAAAUCGAUACUAGUUAUUUACAUUAACACGCAUCAUCUAAACCAAAGAAAGAAAAAAUCGAAUCAAUCGUAUUAGUUAAUACUGCAGAUGCACAGAUUAAAACUUGUCAAAAAAGGGGAAACGAUUUUCUUCUUUUUUGUUGCCAAUUAUAUGUUUGAUAUUUUAAAUUUGGAACAAAAAAAAUAUAAAACAAAUUUCAAACUAAUUCCUUUUUUCAAGGGCUACACUCAUACUUACCUUUCAUAUAACAACUUCAAAACUGUAUAAAAUCGCACGUAAUUUAGACGUUUAAAAUUGCUUCACUCACACAAACACACAUUCAUCAAGUAAUAAUGUAAAACGAAAUAAUUUUCUUUUUAUUUCAGUCGGUGCAUGCUGGAUAAAAUCUAUAUUAAAAUGAAACGAAACUGUAAAAUUCAAUGAGUCAAUGACAAAUCAUAAAGAUAAAACAGAGAGGAAAAACAACAAAACAUGAAUGCCGACAAAAAUAUAUCAUCACCACCAACACUGAAUAGAAUAAAAAAAAAGAAGCAUAAACCAAAGUCUUAAAUAGAGCCCGAAAAUAAAGUACGAUUGUCGAUUUUGUUGUUCCAAAUUGUGAGUAAAAACAAAAAUCUGUGCAGAAUACCUUUUUCUAAAAUCAAAGUGUGACAUUUAUGACGAAUUUCCCUCUUUGAAUGAUGUGUAUUCAAGAUACCUAGAUAUGUUUUUUGCGUCUUUCUUCAAAACAAAAGAGUUUGAGAUGCAAUUUCUCGACGAAUUUUCGUUCUUUUUUUUGUAAUAAAGGCUUAUGUCAACACCAAAUACUGUUAGAGAAACUGGUGGUUCAGGCAUGACCUUAUCACUUGUGCAUUAUUCUAAUCGCAUAGCUCCCAUUUUUGUGUGUGUACUUUCGAUGAUAAAGGCGAUUGAACUUUUUUCUAUUUCAAAAUUAGUUAUUUGUUUUAUUAAAAAAAAAUUCAAACAAAAAUAGAUACAAAAUUGUUUAGCAAGUAAAAUUUAAUAGAAAAAAAAUGAAAACCAAAAAUUAAAAUCAAAUCCAUCUCUAAUAAAAGCAAAUAGUAAAAAUUUACAAUAAAUAAAAACAGAAAAGUCGUAAAAUAUUUGUCCAAUGUAAUAGUAACGUAAUAAAUCAGCAUAUAUACUGCUGAACAGCCAUUUAAGUACACAAUCUCACACAAAUUUAAUGAAUAUAUAAUAUAUUUUUAUAUGAAAACAAAUUCAUUUCGAUUUUGGUAGUUCUGAGUCAAAUUCUUGUUGAUUUUACGUGUUACAUACAGCUUGUAUUGCAUACUUGAUAAGUAUUCCUUAUACCUACUCUCUAUGUAUACAGACCGAAGACGAAACAAAACUUGAAAAAAAGAAAGUAAAUUCAUCCAGUCAUUUUAAAAUUGUUUCAUCACAAUUUAUUAUUACCAUUUCACUAUUGCAUUUUUGUCGUUCUUAUUUUCGUUCUUUCUUUCCUUUUUCUCUCAAUUCAAGCCACUUGUAGAAUUGAAAUUUUGAGAAAAUUUUAUCGUCUAGCUAUCAUUUUACAAUAUAUAUACAUAUAUAAACACAAUCACUUAUGGUAGAUAAAAAAAAACGAACAAAAACUAAAUAUUUGUGUUGACUUUGCAACACACCCCCCCAUAAAUGCAUUACCAUCAUCAUAUGGGAGAUACUAUGUUUAAUUGUAAAAGAGAAACAAAUCAAAAUUUAUAUCACCAGUGUGUGUAUGUAAAAGCUUUUGUUGUGUUUGAACAUUCCAAUCAUUGAAAAAAAAAUCAGCCCAGCCACCAAAAAAACAAACACAUCACCACCAAUCCACUAGACUAAAAAACAAAACCAUUAUUAUGAUAACACUACGAAAUGAUAUUGUAGCCAUUGAUAUUUGAUUCAAUACCGAUUUUCCAUAGUGUACAUGUUCUCUUUGUAGUGCAUUGAAAAUAAAAUAGAAAAUGAAUUCUGCCAAAAAAAAA